GGAGGAAGAGGAGCAGCGGCUCUGCUGGUGCCUCUCAGUCGUCUUCAGUCGUCUCUCUCCUGCGGGACGCAUGGGGUCAGUGCGGGGCUGUGCGGGUUCACUGUGACGGAUGAGCGACGAGGACGCGGAUGCACGCACACCCCGAGGAGAGCGCGCGCUCUAAUUAAGAAAACCUGGUCGAGCAAUUAAGCGAGAGGAGGAGACGGCGACGCACGAGCUGCACGGAAGGUGCGUGUGUGUGUUUGUGUGUGUGUGUGUGCGGCGCGAGGAAAGUUUCCAAAGUUUCUGUGAAAACUUCCAACUCGUUGUCGAAGUUUAUUCCAAGCUCGUUCCAGUCAGCGCCGCUCAGAGACGCGAGUGUUACGCGCAGAGGUUGGUUUUUCUCCGCGGGACGAGGCUGGAGCAGCGCGCACAACCAGCUGACGUACCCCCCCCCAUCACCUCGACACCAUGAGUUGGAGCUUCCUCACUCGUCUGCUGGACGAGAUCUCCAACCACUCCACCUUCGUGGGGAAGAUCUGGCUGACGGUGCUCAUCAUCUUCCGUAUCGUGCUGACGGCGGUCGGCGGCGAAACCAUCUACUACGAUGAGCAGAGUAAAUUCGUCUGCAACACGCAGCAGCCCGGAUGUGAGAACGUGUGCUACGAUGCGUUCGCGCCGCUCUCACAUGUUCGAUUCUGGAUCUUUCAAGUUAUCUUGAUCACCACCCCGACCAUCAUGUACCUGGGAUUUGCCAUGCACAAGAUCGCCCGCAUGGAAGACAGCGAGUACCGACCCAGCUGCCCCCAGAAGAAGAGGAGGAUGCCCAUCAUCAACAGAGGAGCUGCCCGUGACUACGAGGAGGUGGAGGACAACGGCGAGGAAGACCCCAUGAUCUCCGAGGAGAUCGAACCAGACAAACCCGACAAAGCAGAAAAAAGUGCAGAGAAGAAGCACGACGGUCGGCGGAGGAUCAUGCGCGACGGCCUGAUGAAAGUCUACAUCUGCCAGCUGCUGUGGCGCUCUGCCUUCGAGGUGUCCUUCCUCUUUGGCCAGUAUAUCCUCUACGGCUUCGAGGUGAUCCCCUCCUACGUCUGCACUCGCUCACCGUGCCCGCACACGGUGGACUGCUUUGUGUCGCGCCCCACAGAGAAGACCAUCUUCCUGCUGGUGAUGUACGUGGUGUCCUUCCUCUGCCUGCUCCUGACCCUCCUGGAAAUCCUCCAUCUGGGGAUUGGAGGGAUCCGCGACACCUUCCGCAAGCGGGCUGACCUCAACCCUCAGACCUCGCUGCCCGCCUCCUCGCGAGCCAUGCCGACGGCACCGCCAGGAUACCACGCCACCAUGAAGAAGGAGAAACUAAAAAAGGAGUUAAGGCAUUCGCCCUUGGCCGACUCCGGGAUGGAGAGUUUUGGGGACGUGGCGCCGUCGUCCAAAGAGCUGGACCGGCUGAGGAGGCACCUGAAGCUGGCGCACCAGCACCUGGACCUGGCCUACCAGGGGGACGAGAGGAGCCCGUCACGAAGCAGCAGCCCGGAGGUUAACACGGGCGCACAGACCGCCGCCGAGCAGAACCGCCUCAACUUCGCCCAGGAGAAACAGGGAGAGGCCAGCGAGGAAGGUAACGCAGACAGAGUUUAAAACUGGUUGGAGAUG